AUGACAGAUUUAACUAUUCCAAUUUCUAGCAAGGCACUCAAAGAAUUUGAGCUGCGUAGCCGCUUAUCUAGCGUCACCAUUGCAGUCCCUACGUUAGAUAAUUCCAUUCGAUGGAUUUUACGUUCACUAAAGGAACCUAUUCACCUUUUUGGGGAAGGAAAAUUUGAACGUCGAGAACGAACUAAAAGUUUGAUACUUUUUAAGUAUGACAAGUAUUUCAAAGAUGGGCACAUGGUGGAACAAGUCAUUGAAUUGCAUCCAGAGGCCAAAGUUUUGCAUGAAAUCGUGCAAAAAUUUCAGAUAGACAUGUCUAGUGUCUACUCCAAGCGCUUAAAAGCACAAGAGGAAACUAAGGCUAAGAAGACAUUGGACCCUGCGCAGACCAAAAGGGAAUACCAGGCGCAGCUUGAAAAGUUGAAGAGGAAACAAUCUAGUAAAGUGUUUUAUACGGAGCCAGAAAAUCCAGAAGAUGUAAAAAAUUUAAGACUACAAAUUGUGAAGCAUUCAUUUGAGUCCUGGAGGGAUUUGAAAUUACAGUUGGGUAGUUAUAAACAGGAUGUUGACAUUUAUGAGCAUGAGAAGAGAAUUGGUAACUACAUUGACCAUUUAACUAACAACGUAGAGCUUAUUGCAUCGCAAAUUGGUAGUGAUAGGCCACUUACUCGUGCUAAAUUUUCACCAGAUGGACAAAGUAUAAUUACCUCAUCAUAUUCCAAUGAUGUACGCCUUUAUACUAAAAAUACCUCACAAGACGCCGAUAAUUGUAGAGAAGAUUACAUUCAUACUACUGGCUUUAGUGCCGGCCACACGGAUCGAGUGCUGGAUAUAGUUUGGUCACCUAGUGGCAUCCUUUCCGCUUGUGCCGACGGUUCAUUAUCGCAUACUUCAAUCUCAGAUUUUGAUGUCUAUCAAACUAUUUCCGUGCACGAAUCACGAAUCAACUCAGUUGUGUUGCAUCCUAUUAAAUCAUUUUUCAUCACUGCCAGUAGCGAUGAAACCCUUUGUUACAUAGAUUUAGAAAAGAUGCAGCCAAUUUACGUGCAGGAGGGACAUGGCUAUCCAGUACAUUCAGUCAACGUUAACAGAUAUGGAAGCUUGUGUGCAAGUGGCGAUUCAAAGGGUGCUAUGUUGAUUUUUGACCUUAGGACUGGAAGGCAUAUUUUUCAGGACCAAAUACACCACCAAAUAGUCACGGGCGUGUCAUUCCAUCCCAUCAAUUGCCAUAUAUUUGCAACUUCAUCUGCAGAUAACACAGUGAAGAUUCACGACCUGAGGAAGAUGCAAGCAAUUAAGACAUUAUUGGCACAUCUGAAAGUUGUAUCUUCGCUCCAGUUCGAGUCUGAUGGUAGGUUUUUAGCUACAAGUUCGUUUGACGGUACGGUCAAAUUGUGGGAUUGUGUAGGUUACAAAUGCUUUAAGAUACUUGAAACUGCGGGGAGUAGAGUUGUGGACGUCACAAUGAACAAUGAGUUCAUUUUAAGUGCCUCUUACGAUCGUAUUUUUAGGCUUUAUAAUUUGUGA